UUCCAGUCCAGCUUCUUGCGCACACAUACGCACACACACACUCACUGUUGUUUGGUGGUGGUGGUGGGGCACAUCAACCGGACAACAAAGAGACGCACAGCGGGGCUCACUGCAGCCAGGAUAGGAUCACACGUUACCACCAUCCAGUGUCAGCGACCAGCCCACUGAACUCUUUUUCUUCAUAUCUGUUGGGAAAUCAAACAUCAGUCACACUGGAGGUGACCGUCACAGAAGCGUUAAUUACGCACGUAGACUGUACAGCCGUACUUGUGAGCCUCGCCAGAGAAAUGGAGAUGGAGCAUUUCGACGAGCGGGACAAAGGUCAGAGGCACGGCCGGUCCAGUGCGAAAUUGAACGGGGUGCCGAGCCCCACGCACAGUGCCCACUGCAGCCUGUAUCGGACCCGGACCCUGAAGACUCUUACCACGGAGAGGAGAGCCAAGAAGGUCCGAUUCUACCGCAACGGAGACCGGUACUUCAACGGGAUAGUUUACGCCAUCUCCGCAGACCGGUUCCGGACCUUUGACGCCCUGCUGGCGGACAUGACCCGCUCCCUGUCCGACAACGUCAACCUGCCGCAGGGCGUCCGCACCAUCUACACCCUGGAUGGUUGCAAGAAGAUCUCCAAUAUUGAGCAGCUGGUAGAAGGUGAAAGCUAUGUGUGCAGCUCCAUCGAAGCUUACAAAAAGUUGGAUUACACAAAAAACGUGAACCCCAACUGGUCGGUGAACGUCAAGGCCUCGGCUGCAUCCUCCCGCGGGCCCCCCUCCCUGGGCAGCGCCAAGGCUGGGGCUCCAGAGAGUCGUGAAACCAAGGACUUCAUACGUCCGAAGCUAGUGUCCGUAGUUCGGAGCGGAGUGAAGCCCCGCAAAACUGUGAGGAUCCUGCUGAACAAGAAGACGGCCCAUUCCUACGAACAAGUCCUGACCGAUAUUACUGAUGCCAUCAAGCUCGACUCUGGCGUGGUGAAGAAGAUCUACACGCUGGAGGGAAAACUGGUGACGUGUUUGCAAGACUUCUUUGGCGAUGAGGACGUUUUUGUUGCCUGUGGACCGGAGAAGUAUCGCUACCAAGAAGACUUGAUGUUGGAUGAAAGUGAGUGUCGUGUGAUGAAGACUGUGACCUAUGGGAAGAUGUCUGCCACUCUGAACCGAGGCUCCCCCAAGCUCGCCGUCCAAACACAGCGCAGCAAGUCCCCUGCAUCCCUGAACGGGACGCCGGCCAGUCAGCUGUCCACUCCUCAUUCGGGAAAAUCUCCCAGCCCCUCCCCGCCCAGCCCGGGCAGCCUCAACCAACGCAUGGAAAAUGACAAAUCCAUGACUGACAAUAGGCCGACUACAUCUUAGAGUUGUUAGAAAUCCGAAGAAACAUCCCAACAUCUUUAGUGUCUCAGAAGGGGUGGGGCAUUGACCUUUGACCUCACGCUUUGCUGCUCUGGGAUACCAAGAAUGUCAGGCUCGUGUUAGGAUCCACUAUGUUACUGCCCUUUUCCAGUGUUAAUAGAUUUCCAAGGGCAAUCCCUCAUUUCAUGCUGAUUUUCUGUCACAUUUCCACACAUGCUGACCCACAUCCUUUUUUCCUUGAGGAGAACUCUAUCUGCCUUUGGUAGCUACACAAUGAAUGAUGCUAUCACUGACUUUUAGAGAUCUGCCGCCAGUCAGUAAUUUGUGCAAUAUCUAAUCUAAAAAUGACACUGAUGGGUGGCUUUGUUAGCGGCUUGCUCCAAUCUUCAUGUCUGUUUUUAUUCUGGGCAAAAUUGGUUUGAAAUCUCCGUUAGCCACCAAGCUGUGUACAAAAGCAAUCUGUACCGACUGCUGAUCUAGGAUUACUUUUUUAUCAUGUCAUUUUGUGAAAAUAAUUUAGAAGCACAUUUUAUACUAGUAAUUCAGAUUAUUUCAGUCAGCUUUUUAUUAUGUACUCUGUCAUUGACCUGGGUUUGAAAUAAUCUCUGUUAAAACAUCAUAAUGUGUUUUCUGUAGCUAACAGAGAGACAUGAGAUUUGGGAUGCAAACAUACUUUAAUAUAUGAAUGCUGUAAAGCUGGUAGCCUCUAUGGAGAAUAUACAACUGUGCAGAGGGAGCAUGCAAAUCAAAUGGGAGAGAACAUUGAAUUUCACAUUAGAGGGUUCAUGUGUGGUGUGUGUGCAUGUGUUCAAGAUCAAAGUCUUUUUUAAUCCAGUCGUUGACAGUGACGGUGGUGAGCUUUUAAUAUCAGCCUUAAAUCCUAAUGAGACUGUUUUCUUGCAGCAGCUUGUAAUUUACAGUAACUCUAAGCCUGCUGCUGAUUUUGUUCCUUUUCCCUCGCAAACACACACUUGCACGCUCGGUUCAUCUCCUACAUUAACAUAUAGACACAGCAGUAUAUGUAAACAGUGGAUUUAUAUGGCCUCCAGCUUGCACAUGCAUUUGUGUACCACUUUUCUACCUGACUGCAGGGGAGUAACUAUGAUUUAUUCUGCAAUUAUUUAGCUAUUUAUUGGUGCUGCCACAAUGCUUUUUUUGGGAAGGAAAGGUUAUGAUACAGUGUGAGUCAAUACCUCUUAAUAGGACACGAAAAUUGAGUCAGAAUAAUGUCUGUACAUAGAUUAGCUAAAAUCAGCAUAGCAUAAAGAAUGUAUCUCUUGGGCUCAGUGGCUUGGGUCUCGUACUACAUUGGAUGUGCCUGGAAGAAUGAAUGAGUCUGGCCUGUAUGCUUCUGAAUCCAUCAGUGAUGAGGUUAUAUUGAUGUGAUGUGAUGGUCAGUCAGGGACAGAUCAGAUUUGGGUACUGAGAACAGAAAAGGGGGCACUUGGACUCCAACGGUUGUCUGUGUAAUGGCAGUGGGUCACCAUACAUGUCAACGUUAAAAGGGAAAGAGGUUGGCAAGUGCACACAUUUAACACACAAAGACACACAUCUUAUUCUACUGUUAAUAACAACGAUUAUGGUGCCCGCUUUCUGCCAAUCUGUUCUUUUGUAUCAUUUCCACAUUUUCAGAGAGCAAUCCAAAGAAAAGUCAGGGUUAGUGAGGUGAAGUAGCGCUAACCAGAUGUAAUGAGAAAAAGAAGAAGCAUAUUGCCCUAUCUUCUCCAUCAACCUCACCACCUGUCUUUUCGCCUCCGUCCGCUUUUCUCAUCAAACAUAAGCCAUCGCAAAUUAGCUUUGUAGUGCAAUCCUGACCUCAGUGAACAACCUUUAGAUUCUAGUUUCAGCGUUUCUCGAAUUAUUUGGGUGUCUGUAAUCGCUGACUCGGCACUAAGCCUGCGAUGGCCUGGCUGGAGGGAAGGGAGCAAGCCUCACAGUCCAUUAUCUUACCCCUCCACUCUGCAGCCAUACGAUGGUGUAAUUCUCUUUUACACUUGCUUUUUCUAUCUGCCCUGUUAGCAAUUCUCCCCCUGUCCCUUCCCUCCGUGACAGUUUCUAAUUUUCUCUUAUACUUCAUCUCUCACCCAUUCUCAUCCCCCCACCACCCAGCUCUCUCUUCCCCAUAUGAAAGGGUAUUAACUUCACACGGAGAAAUUAUAUGCCAUCAUUUCCCUUGUAGAUUAGUUCUAAGCUCCUUUGAGAAGUAGGCGGCAAGUUUCUCACACUAUAUUUGCACAUGUCCUCUCCCUUCUCUGUCACCCCUGAGUAAACAAGCAUGAAUAACCGAGUACUCACACAUAAAUCCUUUUUUGUUGUGCUUUCAAGUAAGCGAGUAGCUUUUUCACCCUUACGCCUAAAACGCAUAAUUUAUUCUAACCAAACCGUGACUCAGAAAUAACCUUUUUCUUCACAUGAAACUAGCAUUUUCACAUCUGUGUUUUGAAAAGAACAACUAAGGCUAAAAAAAUAACAUUUUAAAAUGCCUUCAAAGCAUUGCAAGUUACCAUGAAUCCAUUUCCUCAGCAGCCACAGAGCCGCAGUGACCUAUUACGAGGAUAGCAUUUAAAGAGCUAACCUCGCUGGACCCUGCAUUUAAACACUUAGAGGCACUCUGCUGACUGAUGUGGGUUGUUCUCACGGCUCAAACCAUCCUAACCCAUUUCCCCGAGCAGAAUACACAGACAUGGCAUUGCGCUGCAGCUUUUCACUUUCCCUUUCACACAUGCAUCGCUGCAAGCACAUAGACAUGCGCGGUUCUUCAUGGCAUUUGCUCACAGAAUCAUGUUUGCUUCAUAAAAAAUGAAAUCGCCAUUUGUGCGCAGGCAGUAGACAACAGCCCAACGCACACAUGUACUUGGCCAUGUGUUUUAUACAUUUGAUGCACUCUAGCAUGACCCAAUUUAGUGAAUAAGCAACACAACCAUGAAGGACGGGUCAACAUUCAUGAUGUCAUCUAUCCCCUUCUUCUACUUUUCUUUGAGGCCACUUGGAUCAUUGAAAGCACACUAGCUUUCCAUAUUCAUCAUGCUUUAAUAUUUGAUAUUAAACCUACAUACACGCUGACACACACAUUCUGUUUUUUGGCAAUAUCCACUCUAAAGCACGUAUGGAUGAAUUGAAUGAGCUGGUGAGGUCAAAGUUAUUCCCCGUCUGUUUCCUCCAUUAGAUGUGAGAAACACAUGCAGGGAAAUAAAUCAUUACAAAUAUGUGGAGUGCAGGGAUUGACAGAUUGAAGGCAAGUCAAACAGAAGGUUUAUAAUGCUAAUACUAAACAACAGCUGUGAUACAGACAGGUAGCCAUUUUUGGUGAGCGUACUAGAUGAAGAAGAGGCUAUUGUCAAGUAUGUCACCGACAUCCUCCUUUCACCAUUGAGUCAUUCAAGUCUGUAACCCAUUGAAUUGCAUGCUCCAUCUCUCAUUACCGUCCAUAUUUUGUGUUGAGUGAAUCAUAAUUAAAUUAUGUGUGUGUGUGUGUGUGUGUGUGUGUGUGAGAAAGCAGAGUGAAGGUGUGUAUUAUGAUGUUGGUAAUUAUUGUCUCAUCUCAUCAAUGUGAGUUUGUUGUUACUUCAGAUUGUAUUUGUUAUUGCGUUGUACUUUAUUUCUUUUUUUCCUGUUGUGUUGAUGUCAUUAGAUGGCUUGUCCAAUUUUGUGUUCCUAUGUCUUCCAAAAAGACUGGCUGCAGCACAUGAGGAAACUGUGGAAGAUUUUGAUGCAAAAGGAAAGCUUAUACAUUGUUUUAUUCCUAGAAACACAUGAUUUUAAUUUGGCUCAUAUUUACAUAUCUUUAAUUGGUAACAUCACAUUUCGUAAAAGGCGUUUUGCACUGCCAUUUACUUGCAAGAUAUGUAAAUCUGAAAAUCGUCUCUGUGCUCUAUCACAGCCCAAUUGUAUUUGAUAACCUGGUGCUUCAUUUAAAUAUUAAGAGUUUGUCAUGUAAGGACGCCAGCUCUUCUUGGCUCAUUUGUUUCAGUGUGUAUUUUUCUUUGCUUAAUGUAUUAAUUUCCAUUUGUUGAUGUCAUCAUUAAAUUCAUUGUCAUUUCAUUAUCAUUUUGUGUUUUUCUUCUCUUGCUUCUUGAUUUAUUAUGUUCAUCACACACGAAGACAGACAGGGAUCAUUUCCAGUAGAUGUAGUAUGAUUAUGAUGUUUGGUUCCUCUUUGUUAAACUUGUGUCUGUAUUCAGCCGAGCACAAAAGAGAUUACAACACAAGCUCAGUCCCAGAGGUGCAUUCAUCAUCUCUGUCCCACUGCUUCUCUUCCGGAUGUGUUGUUUCUCUGGCUUAGACAGCCCAUUUUUUUUCUUUUUUCCGUUAAACAUUUAAUCAUAGCCCUGUGAUUACCUGGGAUUGUGGCCCAUAAGGAACGUG